UUUUUUUUCUGUCCUGCUUGACCGUCCCAGGUAGAUUCCAGCCGCCCCUACGCCCCCCUCCACUCUGGCGCCUUUCCUUCCCUCUUGCUUGCUCUUCACCUUCUUUCCAUUUCCUUUCCCUGCCUCUCUGUCUGCAACCACAACCUCCACCAAAACACCUGCGUCAAAAACAUCACCACUCACCCGACACCCGACACCACCCGCGCCGUGUCUUUUUCUUUCUUUCUUUCUUUCUUUCUUCGGAACGCGCGACGGCCUCAUCCACACCAUCGACGGGGGAACCAAGAGCUCACAGCCCUCGACCGAGCCGCCGCCGCAAUCGGGCGACGUGCACCCAUUUCUUGCCAAGACUUUUGUCUACUUGUGAAUUCGUAAAUUCUCUGGUGCAUCGCCCCCCCAUCAACCCAAUCCACCCCGACAUCAUCGUCGCCCACUGCACACAAUGUCGAUGUAUCCCGGCCAUCGCGGCAUGGGUGUCGCGCCCCCUGCCAACCCCAAUGGCAGCCGCCAGAACGAGCUCCUGGAGGGCAUCCGCGCCGAGUUUGAAUCGCAUCAACGACAGAUCGAGGGAUAUGAACACCAAAUCCAGGCCCAGGUUCAAGAGAUGCAAAUGAUUCGCGAGAAGGUUUAUCAGAUGGAGCAGCAGCAUGUCCAACUGAAGCAAAAAUACGAGGAUGAAAUCAACCUCCUUCGUCGUCAGCUGGAAACUCGCGGCGGUGGCCCCCCGGGACCUAUGAACCCGCCGCCACAGCAUGCUGGCCCUUCCCAGCAGCCUCCUCCUCAGAUAGGCAACAUGGGGGGAGGUGGUGUCUUCAACGGGAUCCUCUCCGGGCAGGGCGGACAGGGCGGUCUAGCCCCCCCUCCUCAUCCUCCUCAGGAGCAACAGCAGCCUCCCCACAUGCCCCCCGCGCCACCGGGACUCCAGCAGGGACCUCCUCCCCCUCCUCCCCCGCCGUCUCAGCAGCCCCCAUUCCAGCAACAGUACCAAGGACCAGCCCCCGGCGGUUUUCCAUCUCAGCCCCCCCAGAGCACCGCUAGCCCCGGCCCCGGCAGCAAGAGAGGCCAGCCGAUCGGGAGACCCCCUGCCGGCGGUCCCGCCACCCCCCAGAUCAACACUCCGGUUCCCUACAACGGCCCCGGCCAGUCUCCCCAGGUCCCGACCCAUCCCACCCCCGACCACACCCGCAUGGUGCAGCAGCAACAGCAGCAGCACCAGCCCGUCCCGAUUUCUUCUCAGAGCAACGCAUUGAGCGACCUGGACCCCGAGCGUCUCCCAAGCCACAUCAAGAAGGUCAAGGACGAUUGGUGGGCCAUUUUCAACCAAGCGGUGCCCCGUGUUUUGGAUGUUGAUUUGGUUCACACUCUCCAGCACGAGAGUGUGGUCUGCUGCGUGAGGUUCAGCGCCGAUGGCAAAUUUGUCGCGACGGGAUGCAACAGAUCUGCUCAAAUCUACGAUGUUCAGACUGGUGACAAGGUCUGCAUUCUCCAAGACGAGAGUAUUGAUCUCAACGGCGAUCUUUAUAUCAGAAGCGUUUGCUUCAGUCCAGACGGGCAGUACCUGGCUACCGGUGCUGAAGACAAGCUCAUCAGAGUCUGGGACAUCAAGAACAGGCAGAUUCGCAACACUUUCGCUGGUCACGAGCAGGAUAUCUACAGCUUGGAUUUUGCCCGUGAUGGCCGCACCAUUGCUUCUGGCAGUGGCGAUCGCACUGUCAGGCUUUGGGAUAUUGAGACUGGUUUGAACACGGCAACGCUCACCAUAGAGGACGGCGUCACCACCGUUGCCAUCUCGCCCGAUGCCAAGUAUGUCGCCGCCGGCUCGCUUGACAAGAGUGUCAGGGUCUGGGAUGUCAAGACAGGCCUCUUGCUGGAGCGUCUCGAGGGUCCCGAGGGCCACAAGGACAGUGUUUACUCUGUUGCUUUCUCGCCCAACUCUCGUGACCUCGUCAGCGGUAGCUUGGACAAGACCAUCAAGAUGUGGGAGCUUGCCGCUCCUCGGAAUCACAACCAGAUGCCCGGCGGUAUCAUGAAGCCGGUCGGCCGCUGCAUCAGGACUUUUGAGGGACACAGGGACUUCGUCCUCAGUGUUGCGCUCACCCCCGACAAUGAAUGGGUUCUUUCCGGUUCCAAGGACCGCGGCGUUCAGUUCUGGGACCCCCGCACCGGACACACCCAGCUCAUGCUCCAGGGACACAAGAACUCGGUUAUCUCUGUGGCUCCAAGCCCUGCGUCAGGAAACUCGGGCGGCUGGUUUGCGACCGGUUCGGGUGACAUGAGGGCACGCAUCUGGUCAUACAGUCGUAUCCGCCACUAGAAGGAACAAAGGAUGCGAUCAAUCAGAAGGAAGCUUGCUAACUUCGCAAGCGUUCUACGAAAGCUUGAAGCAGAGGGGUUGGGACCUUUGUAACUAAUCCAAAUUCAAACGGAAAUGGAAAGUUGAAUAACGUGUGUGUGGGAUAAAAUGGCAAGGAAAGGGAAAGGAGUAUGUGGAACUUUUGAAGCAAGUAGGAAGCGGAAAUUCGGGUUGUUGAAUUUUUCUUGUUUCCUACUUUUUUUGCUUUUUAUUUUCUUACUUCUCUUUUUUGUCUGUUUGAUAGGGUAUUUUUGUCUGUUUUUUUUUUACACACACAACUUUGACAACAUAACAAAGGGUAUUAUUAGUUGGUGGCCUUUAUGGUAGUGGUGGGUUCCGGGGGGCGGGUAUUGAACUGAAAGGGUUUUCUUUGAAAGGAUCAUGGUGAAUUGUGAUUUGGGUGACUUGAAUGAGCAUGGGAUCUCGGGUAGGGGGUGGUGUGGAUUUACCCCUGAGCCCUGUUUGUGACCUACUUUGGACAACCAUCUUCCCACACUUUCUGCUGCUGUUCUGACAUUUCCAACCAAGGCACACUCUGACAACCUCGACACACACACACACACUCUCUCUCUCUCUCUGUCUAAAGUCAAGGAACCCCUUUGGUUUGCUGUCAGUAUGUAUGCUCGGUUAGGGGUCUUUUUCUUACUACCUUAUGUGCUGAAUCUAUCAAGAAUUUUUCCCUCCAAACAAAACAUGAAAAAGGGAUGGAUGCAUGUAAGUUUACCUACCUACCUCGAAAUCAACACAUCGCCUUCUGCGCGGUUGUUGUUCCCAAGUUUGUCCUAUCAAGAAAGGUGUGGUGUGUACACCAGUCAGGGGGGAACAAGAGUGCCAUUGUUGUUGUUGGUGUUGUCUCUUUGUAUGAUACACACACACACAAGUCUCAAAUGACAUGGCCAUUUCAUUUCCCAUUCAUUCUAACCCCUAACAUCAAACAAAUCAUACAACCAACCACC